CUCUUAACAACAACCCUUACAUAUCUGAAAAUUGUUAUGUUCCCUCCCAGUCUUCCCUGGGCUAAACACUCCCAGUUCUUUCCACUUUUCCUCCCUCUGUCAAAUAGCAGCACAGGCAGGGGCUCUGCUGAAGGGGGCUGGUAACAUGCUUUACAAAUGCAUAACCCUCUUCUCACGCUAACAGGGGAUCCAAGGUGCACCGGAGUUUAGAUUCUGCCUGUAUCCGUUGCAGCCAGGAAGCGGGUGGGUUUUGUUGUUACUUUGUUUAGAGCGGCACCUCGGGGGAAAAAAAACUUUCACAGGAAACGAGGACGAAGCAGAGAAGGAGCCAGGACCAUUUUUAGCAAGCGGCUCUGGCAGCCUGAGCCCCGCCUCACUGCUGAGCACCAAUCGCUUCUCAGGGCAAAGAGCUGCUCCCCAGCUCCGUCCCUGCCCCUGGCAGUUUUGCUCAGCUGCUGAGGAGGCAGGAUGGGGAAGACGGUGCGGGAUCACCUUGUGGACACCCUAGAAGAUCUGGGGCAGGACCAGUUUAAGAAGUUCAAGACCAAGCUGAAUGUGUUCCCAUUGAGGAAGGGAUACAGCAACAUCCCCCGGGGCCGGCUGGAAAAAGCUGAUGUCCUGGAUGUGUGCGACAAGCUGAUCAGCUACUAUCUGGAGGAGUAUGCGGUGGAGGUGACAGUGGAGCUCCUGACAGACAUCAAUGAGAGGGAGCUGGCAGACAGACUCCGCAAGGCAACAGGGACUGGUUCCGGUGGCAAGGGGCAGCAGCCAGGGCCAUCCGACGGUGCCACAGGAAAGGAAGGUUGCGGUGGCAAGGGGCAGAAGCCAGGGCCAUCCGACGGUGCCACAGGAAAGGAAGAGGAGCAUUUUGUCGAUCGAUACCGAGUGCAGCUGAUUCAACGUACCACCCCUGUGGAGCCCAUUCUGGACCUUCUUCAUGGGACUGUUCUGGACGACGAACAGUACCAGACCGUUCGAUCUGGGAGCACCAACCAGGAGAAAAUGCGGAAGCUGUAUCAGCUAAUGCCAAGCUGGAAUAAAGAGUGCAAGGACCGGUUCUAUGAGGCACUGAAAGCCAAGAAUAGGUUCCUCAUUCAAGACCUUGAGGGAAAUUAAGACAACCAAGAAGUUACAUUCCUUGUGAACAUGCAGCCAUUCCAGGUGCAUGCAACCCUAGCUCUAGAUUUCACACGGCUUUCUGGGCAGGGUGGUGCUUUCACCGCUUUGCUAACAUUGUUUCAGGGUAAAAAACCUCUUUCCAGCGCUCCCUUUGGGGGCUGAAUGGGUGAGCCUGUGAUGUGAUGCAGCAGAGAGGAGGUCGCUAAGGACUGUCUACACUGCAACUAAACACCGCUGCGGACGGCCCGUGGCAGCUGACACAGGCUCAGGCUAAGGAGCGGUUUAAUUGCAGUGUAGAUGUGCGGGCUUAGGCUGGAGCCUGGGCUCUGGGACCUUCCCUCCUCAUGGGGUCCCAGAACUCAGGCUCCAACCUGAGCCCAAACAUCUACAAACACAAUUCAACAGCCCCUUAGCCUGAGCCUGAGUCAGCUGACAUGGGCCAACCGCGAGUUUUUAACUGCAGUGUCGACAUCCCUUACUGGCUUUAGGGUAAGUCCAUGAUGGAUGGGAUCCCAGUAAGAGAAUGGAGCAGGGCUCUAAGGUGCUGAAAGGCUGCACAAGGAUUGCUUGCCAGGCUCUGAAACGGGGGUACCGCUCAGCAUCACUCACCCAGUGCAUCCACCUCUGGGGUGCAGUAUGGCAGCGGAUUAACAGACACACAGCAACGCCGCACAGGGAUCACUCAUCUAUACCUGAAAUGCAGCCUCUGGGGUGGGUUAUAGAUGCUGGAUUUUAUGAAAACUGGACACUGUAGUGAAACCAACAUCUUACGACAAAUGGUGUGAGGCUAUGUGGACAAUGGGGGAGUUGUACUCUAGCACAGGGGUGUGCAAACUGCGGGACACACCUCCCUAGGGGGGCACGGAGGAACACGCAGGGAGGUGAGUGUCGACGCCAGGUGGCUGAUGUCACCUCCAGCCCCUGACUCAUCUCAGCAGGCUGCCCAGCCUGGGGGUCAGUGUGCUGUGCCAAUUUCCAGCCCCAACAGCCUCCACGCCCAGCAUUGGAUCUUCCCCCAGAGGCUGUCACAGGCGCCUUCCCCAACCCUGAAAACCUGAGCAGAGAGGAGCAGGUAUUGGCCCUGCCCUAGCAGGGCAGCCUGGUUGCAAGACAGAAGCAGCCCGCAGCAGAGGAAGCCUUGGCUGUGCUGUAACAGGGGUAGGGACACGAUUCCAUUAAUGAUAAGGGGUAGGGGACGCAACUGGAAAAGUUUGCGCACCACUGUCCUAGUAUCUACAACUGCUGGAACUCCUGCCAGCCUCCCGGCCAUCAUGCACUGCCACACGUUCCUUUAGCGCCCACCCCGGCAUCUCACCAGACACUUCGGCUGUGGCUACAUUACAGCGCUUACAGCUGCGCCGUUGUAGCACUGACACUAAGCGGAUGGAAGAGAGCUCUCCCGUCAACUUAAUUACUCCAACUCCAACGAGCAGCAGUAGCUUCUCCUGCCGGCCUAGCGCUGUCCACACCAGCACUUAGAUCAGUGCAACUUACAUCGCUCACGGGGGUGGUUUAUGCACACCCCUCAGCGACAUAACUUAUACCAGCAUCAGCUGCAGUGUGCCCACAGCGUCUGACUUUUUCUACAAGAAGAUCUGAUCAAAGUACCCUCCUAAAGGAUCGCUGGGCUGGACCAAAUUCAACCUCAGAAUUCCUGCCAAGCCUCUGAUUUCGUCUUACUAUUUCCUCACCAGCUACCAAGAACUCAGGACCUGGUUUUUGGUGAGGUGGUUUUGUUUUGGUUUUGGGGGGGGGGGGGCGGAAUUACAAUCAUAGGAUUGGA